CGGCCAUCUUCUCGGACGCGUUUGUGCGGCUGCGCGCCAUUCGUGUUGUUUCCCCGUUCACCAUCGUCGGGCCGUCAGUCAGUGAGUGUGCGCACGUCGCGUUUCGUUUCGACGAUAAAUAACAAUAUUAAAAUACCGAUAGUGAAACACUAUUUUCCCGAGUUCCUAGUACCCGUUAUUUCGUUAACAAUAUAAUAUUAUAGUCGUUGCGUUUACAUUACCUACGUAAUAUACUUACCGUCUCUAUUCGAAAAUCGCGACUCGGAAUAACGAUAAUAGUAUUUACGGACAAUUAUUGCGAAUACGAUUACGGCGUGUGCAUUAUUAGGUCGUACAAUUAUUAAUCGUCGUGUUUCGGGUCGCGCAACAAUAUCGUUACUCUGCAGGUACCCGCGAAAGGGCGUCGUCGUUGCCGUCCAUCGAUGACGGCGGACGCGGACGCCGCGCCGCGACACUAUAACGGACGACGAGUACAAUGCGAACGGACGUUGUUGUCUACAACAGCCGCCGGUUGUACCACCGCCGCCGCCGCAGCCACCACCACCACCAUCAUCACCACCACCACGGCGGUUUGAGGUUGCCGCCGCCGCCGUGAGAAGUCCCGAGUAGAGUCAACGGGAAGAGAACAGCCCCGCCGUCGUCACCUUUCGCGCGCGUUAUCGUUUGUCUGCGUUUGUGUGAGUGUGCGUGUGUGCUUGUGCGUGCGUGCGUACCGUUGCAGCGCGCGCGCAACGACCGAACCGAUUCCGUACGAACAAUAAAUAAUAAUAAUACGGAGUACCUAUCGCGUAUGUGGUAUGUCGUUUGUAUAAUAAACGCUACGCGCACGACGGUAUGUACGAUGUACGCGGACGGACAAACAAUUGCGCAGUAUCGAUUGAACAAGGUGAGUUUUUUCGUUUUUAAUAACCGAUUUUUUUCGGUCUAUUCGUUGUCGUCAAAUAGGGGCACGCAGGUUCGCCGGCCGUUAGACGACGACGUUUUUGGCCGGGGCGCUCGCCCGCGUACAUACGGGGCCUUACGAUAAUUUUACGAAAUUUUUGUACGUACCGUUUAUGUAUAUUAUUAUGUGGGUCAAAUAUUUGGAGGGAGCAGACGUCGCGCAGCCGGCGGCAGUUGUGGCGGGGAAAGGGUGUUUUGCUUUUGUUCCCCUGCUGCCGUCGCCGCCGCCGCCCCGGUGUCGUCCUUCGCCAAAAUGGCUGCUGUCGCCGUCGACGCGAAUCCGUGUUAUUAUUAUUCGGUAUAGUGAACCGUUUGCGUUUUUUCCACGUCCGGAACCGCCGUCGUGAGUAAUGCGUAGUUUAUCGAAUCCUUUUCUGGUCGGUUUCAUUUUCACGAGCGACACUCUCUGGCGUGACGCACGGCAAUCGACACGAUGUCGCGCGCACAUACUCUCCGAUCGCGUCAUCAUCGCACGAUAACAACGAUGAUGAUAAUAAUAGUAAUAAUAAUAAUAAUAAUAAUAAAACAUUCCUUUGUGGUAUAUACUCGGAUUUCCGAAUCAAUACAUAAAUUAAUUCAUAAAUAUCCUAUUAUUUUUAUUAUAAUAUCUAUCCGGUGUGCCGCGCCAACCGUUAUCACACGGAAUAAUAAUAAUUCGAAUAAUCGAAACGAAUUUAACCAAACAUCGAUGAUGAUGAUGAUGAUAAUGAUGAUAAUGAUGAUAAUGAAUUGUGUUAUUAUCACGUCAAAAAUACAUAGACAAUAUUGAUAGGACGUUUUUUUAUUUUUUUUUUUUCAAAUUAAUUUUGAUAUUCGAUUUUUUCAUUUUCUUAUUCGGCGGACAUGCUUAACGUCGUGAUAUUAUUUUCGAUCGAAUAGAAUUUUGUUUAAUAUAUUUUUUUUUUUAUCGACUCGUUAAAAUGAUAAUGACGAAUAAUGGAGGAAGUAUUUACCUAUUAAUUUGUCCGGACGUUACAUUGUUCGUUUGAUAGUGGUGGAAUUUCCAAUCGAUUUUUUCGUAUUUAUAACAAGACGGUUGUACACUUGUAUUCACUUUUAUAAGCUAACAACUGUAUUCUAUAAUUUUAUACUCGUCUGUUUUGAAGCAUAUUUCUGAGUAAGUUAACAUCAUUUAACCUCAAAAGUUUAUUAUAUACAUAACCUCAAAAAUUUUAAAACAUUGAAGUCUUUUCAUCCAAAUAUCGUCUAUAAAUUACAAUAAUAAUAAUAAGUACCUAGCUAAUCAGGCGUGUAAAUUGUGAUAAUAACUUAUUAUUUUCCCUACAUUUUUGUACUGUAGUAUCACUUGUAAGUAAAAUUUAUUAUGUAAUAAAAUUUCAUAAAAUUUAUCUAGGUAUAAGCAUUCAUAAUUACAAAAAUAAUUGUGUUUAUUAGAUGUCUAGGUACCCAUUGUAAUAUACCUAACAUUUAAAUUAUGCAGCAAAUAUUAUUUGUAAUUAUUCCCAUUCUAGUACCUAAUUGAUUACUGAAUAAGUAAUAAAUAGUUCUAGGUAAUUCAAUUCAUUUAAAAAUACUCAUUUACCUGUUAAAAUAGUUGUACAUCUAAACUGACAAUUGUUUAUCUAACUAUAGGCUGUAAAUUAUUAAAUAUUUUUAAAAAAUAAAAUAAAAAUGUUCCUAAUUUUUAGGAAAAAUGAACGAAUCAACCAAAGAAAAGGAGAAUGCCAUUGUAAGUUUUUCACAAUGGCAAAAGUGGGUUUUGGAAGCAGUCAACAAAAUUCGUGGCCAAAAACAACGGCCAUCUUUGGAACGUAUUAUCAAUGCAAUACGUCAACAUCACCGUUUCUCGGUGGGUGACAUUGAAACACAAGUCGAACGAUGUGUCGAAAGCGGUGCUGUGUUAAAAGUUUUUAACAAAGGCCAAAACACUUACAUAAACCCCGAUGGCACUGUAAGUCGUAAAUUGGUCAUUAAUGCAGAUACUGAUUUGACUAAGAUUUUAGUGAAAGUGGUAGGUCAAUUCGAUGAAGAAGGUUCUUCGUACAAAAACAUUGACCGGUACAUGCAUCAUGCCUAUUCUUUAGAAUUUAAAAAUGACGAAUGUGAUCUAACCACAUUGUUAAAGUCUACGUUAAACAAAGCGGUUGAUAAGGGUUUAUUAGUAUUAGAUGGCAAAUUAUAUAGGUUACCCUUUAGUCCAGAUUCCACUACAUCAAUAUACGGAACACCGAAAUAUAGUUAUGGAAGAAGACGAUUUUCUAAAGUAGAUACAAAUGAAACUGAAACUCCCCUUUCACUUCGUAGAGCCGGAAGAAAAAGAAAAAAGUUAUCUGUUUGCGACACUAGUUCACUUACAGAUAAUGAAGUAAGUGAUAAAAAUUUAGUAAAGUAAAAUUAUUUGUCUUUAUACCUAGGAAUAUUAAUAUAUUUUAAUUUUUGUAUAGAAUUCUGAUCAAAAUGUAUGUGCCGAUUGUUUGGGUACAGCAGCAAGAAAUCAAUGUGGCGAAGCGGAAGAUUUAAAACGAUGCCGCGGAGGUUGUGGCGUUUCAUUACAUCCUUCUUGUUUGGCACUUAAGGGUAGUGGACCAUUAACUAGUUUAUUGGCUCGUGGUUCUCGAUGGUUCUGUCAAGAUUGUAGAACGUGUUCAGCAAUACCAUCGUGUUCAGUCACUGAACAUGUACGUAACAUAUUUGAAUAAAAAUCUAUAUCAGAUAUUUAUUUAUCUGAUUUAUUAUUUAUAUUUUUUUCGUUUUAUAGAUGUUUUUGUUAAACUGUGAUACUUGUGAUCGAGGAUAUCAUAUGCAAUGUUUACAACCUCCAGCUGAUGAUAAACCAAAAUCUGCAUGGCGAUGUUCAUUUUGCCUAGAUCAUCACGAAACUACUAUUGUUGAAUUAGAACCAUUGACAGAAAGAAAAGGAAAAAGAAAAUCUAGUCUCAAAAAUCGAAGGUAUGUUACUUACUUUCAAAAUUUUAUUUUUCUAUGUUUACUUAAUAUAAGAGUGUCCCAUGAAGAUAUACCCAUUGCAAUAUUUCCAGAAAUAAUAAAGAUACAAUUUUGGUUUUUUAUAUUACUCACUGUGAUAAAGAUUACAAAUAUUUAUAUUACAAUUAUUAUUUUUUGUUUUGGUAAAAACUUAAUAAAAAAUGUUCUUUUCAUUUCAUUCAUGAUUUUUAAUUAUUUACUAAUUAAUGAAUGCAGUUACAGCCUGCUGUAUAAUUUUAAUGUACUUUUCUCUGAAUUUUAAAAAAUUUUCUUAAAUAUCAUGAAUUUAAUAAAAAUAAAAGUUAAAAAGUCAACAUUUUCAGAAUAAUAAACUAUAAAAUGGCCAUCUUCAAUUUUCAAAAAAUAAUAAAAUAAUAAGUUAUUUUUUUAAGUUUUUAUUAAAAAAUAAAAAUAAAUUUCAAUAUAAAUAUUUGUAGUCCUUAUCGCCAUGAGUUAUAUAAAAAAAACAGAAUUGAUUAUCUUUAUUAUCUUCGAAGAUAUUAUAAUAAGUAUAUCUUCGUGAGAUAUCCUGUAUAUUGGGUUCAGAACUUGGAUGACUUGAAGGUAUUGAAAAAAAAUUGAAUGUUUAAAACGAUAAUAAAAAUAUUAAUUUUAAUAAUUUUGGUGUCUUAUUUUUUUUCUUUUACAUUGGCCUUUUUACUAUCCAAGCAUUUUGUGAACGUUCAUAUCAAAUUUAUAAAAAGCUUUAUAGUUUAAACAAGAAAAAAAAAAAAUUAAUAAACUAAUGCUUUAUUUUAUAAAAAUAUUAUUUACUUGAUUAUUGUUCCUUUACCAAAUGAAAACUGUUAAUGUUAAACUUAUAGAUCAAGCCGUGGACGAAUGCAUCACACAAAAGCGCAAGAAAAUCGAGUUGGCGUACCAUCCAUUUUGAAUUCAAUGCAACAACAACGUGAUGUCACGGAAGACGGUAAUGUCUCCUCUCCUGACUCCUCGGCUCCCCCCUCUCCCGUUCCGAUUAGCGGCAAUAUGCGGCGGCGGGACAAUGCUAUCUCUAAGGAGAAAGCAAAAUUCUUUAGGCAAAGUGUUGCGUUUAAUGCGCGAGGUGUGAACGGGAGAGGAUCCGGUGUGCCGAAAGUCAAUGCCCCCACGAACAAGCGCCUUAGCUCUAGCAGCAGCGACAGCUCGAGCAGCUCUAGUUCAAGCUCGAGCGGUCGCAGUCGCAGCAGCAGCAGUUCAAGUAGCACGAGCAGUAGCUCUAGCAAUAGUAACAGCUCUAGCAGCAGUAGUAGCAGCAGUGCGCAUGCUUGUUCUCUUUCUGCUGUGCGUCCAAGCCGGCCCGUGUUUCCUCUCUCAAAAUGUCCCGCCGCAAGGAAUGCCGAUUUUACUAAAAAUCUUUCUAGUAUAUCCUCUAAAACCUGCAACAGCUUUCUGUCUGAGUCUGUUCAAUCCUCCAAAAAACAUGUACACCAUUUAAAACGAAUAAAUGAAAAGAUACUAUGUCCUAGUGAAAUGCAAAAAAAUGAUAAAAACUGUGAUGAUCAAUCUAAAACCACCCCUAAAGUUUUGUUAAGAGCACCAAAAUUAAUUGCCAAGGUUCAUUCGUCACAGCCUAAAAUCUUCCCUUUAUCACCUUCCACAUUACAUGAUUCUGGUUGUCCGAUUUCUUUAUUCAAAAAAUUAUUGACAGAUACAUCAACUGAUCCCUGGGGCUUUGCUGCUUUGGCUGCCAAGGCACCAAUUGAACUUAAUAAUAAACUUGAAGUUAGUAAUAGUAAAAAAGACAAACCAAUUGCUGGGUUUAUCCAGUUGAAGGGUUUGUUUGAUGGAUUAAGUCAUUUUUAUUCAACACCGUUACAAUCUCGUACUCGAUUUCGAAAUGACAAAGACCCAAAAACUGUAAUAAGUAAAACUGAUUCUAAAGUCACUGGUGUAGAUAAAAAUAUUAAAAUGCCCGAUAAACAACAAUCUCCCAGUUUCUUAAUUAAAUCUGCUAUAUCAUCCAAAAUGAUGGAAACAAGGGAGGUAGCUGGGUCAGUGGGUGAACAAAAGCUUGACGAUAUUGAUAACUCCUUAGACAAUUCUCCUUCCGCCUUCCGUGACCGUCUGUCUGUGCCGACGAUACGUCUAGUCACCCGUUCGGGUAAGCAAGUUCCUUACAAAAUCCUGCUAGUAUUCGCCAGCUGCAUAAAAAUACUACCAUAAUUCAUAAGGGCUUAUUAUGUUAUAAAUUUUAAUCCGUUGCAUGCUGUAGGUUAUUUCUGUUCCUUUGAAUCGAUCAAGCGAACAUAGUAUGUAGAUGUUGAGUAAUAUUAUGUUGUACAAUGAUUGUAUUAUUACAUUUAUUUGUAUAAUUUACUAGACUGAAUAUGUGGAAGGAAAGUUCAGAUUAAAAAAAAAUAUCCACACUGAAUUAAAAUCAAGAUUUUAUUUGUUAAUUUUGUAAUUUCACAUGGAAACCAUUUUGAAUUUCAUUUUUUUUUUUUUUUUUUUUUUUAACAUCUCCGUGUGACAGUUUUAGAAUAUUUUUGUCUAGGAAUAUUAUUUUUAUAUCCUGUUAUUAAUGGAGACUGUCAAAUUGUCUUAACUCUAAAAUUAAUUCAAAUUUAUUGACAGUAAUUGAGAUUAUUGUGUUGUAUAGUUUUUUAUAAAUGUGUAAAAUAAUUUAUUAUUCAAUUUUAACUUCGUCAAUUAUUUUGAUUGUUUAAAAUGAUAUUUGAAAUUUAUUGUGAUAGCAGGGGUGGCUUAUAAACAGUGUUAUCAGUUAUUACUACAACGCCAUGAUUAUAGAGCGCCUUACAGAUUCACGGUUAUAAGCAGCAAAACUUUUCCUUGUCCAAUGUAUUCUCUAUUGUAUUUUCCCUUCUUUCACCGCAGCACUCAGAACUGAACAAAAUUAUCAACACUAUUUUCUAAAAUCAUGCUAUUUUAAAACAUUUUAUUUAAUAAAUAGUUUGUAUAAUAAUAGUAGUAAUAAAUAGUUUAACAAAUAAGGAAAUGUUAUUAAGUCAUAAUAAAUCUAAGUCUUGUUAAUUAUGUUUAUUUGAAUAAAAUUAUUGGGCUGGUUGAUAUUUAAUUGACGUCCUAAGCAAACAGUUUAAUUUGCCACCACUAAGUGUGAGUAUGAAUUUAUGUUAGUAUUUGAGUAUGCUAUAAAAAGUAAAAGUUCAAGUAUAUGACUAAACAAAAUAAAUAGAUGGAAAUAUUUGUCAUUAAUUUAUUUUUGCAUUGAUUUAUCUUAAAAAUGUAUAAUACAGUAUUAUACUGAAGGGGGAAAAUGAAGAAAAAUUCCAUAUUUUUCAUGUGUAACUUAAUUAAUCAUAAACCUUAUAAAUAACCUCAUAAAUCUUAUAAUAAUAUUAAAUAUUAAUUAAAAGCAAAGAACUUUAGCCGUAUGUAUGAAUAUUGAGGCAUUUACUAUUUUUAUUUUUUAGUCCCAAUAUAUAAUGCUCACUCUUGUACCGACAGCAUUUGUAGUUUUAUUUUAUUUUUAAGACAAAUAUUUUCCCCUUUGUUCAUAGAGCAGCAACUUCAGCUAUUUUUUUCUUGAUUUAUAUCACUAAAUUAAUUCUCAUUACUUAGGCCUGGGAUAAGUUCAAUCUGACUUAUAAUUUGCUGAUUUUUUUUGUAUUUGUAUUAUUUUGAAAAUCUGUAAGUAAUAUAAAAUAUGACAUUAACAUUUCCUUGUUUAUUAAAAUAUUUAUUUACUUAUAGUAGUUAAUUAUUUUUCAAGUAUAAUUUAAUAUUACCUUAAAUGAUAUACAUUAACCAUGAAGUCAAUAUAACUAUUGCACAGUUACAUGUGGCAUAGCCUUUUAUUAAACAUUUUAAUUUUACCACGAAUAUAAACACCAGUUUUUAAAGUAUUUUAUGUUAUGAUCUAAGGGGAAAACAGAUGGAUUAGCAGAUGUCAGAUUCUAUAGUUAUAUUGGCUUCAACUUGUUCUAUAGGCAUGAUUUGUAAUUACCAUCCAAUGUAUAUGAUCUAAGGUUAUUACACUAUUAAAAUAAAAUUUAAGUAUUGAUAAAUUAUCAUAAUAUAUGUUAUCAAAUAUAUGAUUGCACACACGCACACGCAUCCAUCAGCCAAACUUUAGAAGCCAGCUUCUCUUACAUAUAGUAUUAUAGUACUUUAUAUGAUACACUGUUAAUCAGAUACCUUAUUACGCUGAUUGAUAACAAUGUUUAUAUCUCAACUUGGCCAAUACUAUUCACUCAAAAUACAUUUCAAAUUCUUAAAAAAAAGUGUUUAGAAAAUAUUUCAAUCAAAACUUAUUUUACUUAAUUACAUAGUCUACAAAUGUAUAAAAAAUGUGCAAAGUGCCUACUGGAUUUGGCAUUUAUUUCUUAAAACAAUAAAGAUAAGAACAGCAUUGGGUGCUCUCUCAACUAUUGAAAUACUUUUAAAAAUGAUACAUACUUUUGUAAUCAUAUUAUAAUAUAUCCAGUUUAGUGGCAUAGAGUAUAUCAGAAUUAUGUUUUCAUUUUUAUGAGUAAAAUUUCAAUGAAAAAUAAAAUGUAUAAAAUAGAUGGUAAUAAGUGUUUACAAACAAAUAACUACUAUCACAUCACUAUCGCAUACUUUUUAGAGAUUAUUAUUUAAUUGUUUAUUGAGUAGGUACUUAAUUUAUUUAUUAGUUGAAGUUUGAAAAUUGUUGUUUUAAUCCUAUUUUAUCACAUAAUUUUGUAUAUAGUUCUUAUUUUUGUCAUGCUCUUUAACUAUUAAUAUAGAAUUACAAUAAUUUUUUGUUUUGCAUACUAACUAAUCAAUCCUAAUUACAAAUAUUAAUACAAUUUUCAGUUUUGGAAAAUAUGAGCCGACUUGUUGCAUCAGAUUUACCAUCUGGAGUUCUACACGAGGACGUAGAAAUUUAUAAGGAGACAAGAACACGAGCUAUCAAUGUAACAUAAUUAAUUUUAAUUUUAAAGUAUGUGAUUAAAAUUUUUUUUUAUUUGGUUAUUAGAGCACAGUUCAAGCUCCAGAGUUCUCGACAACGUCUAAUCAUCCUGUAAGAUGUCCUGCUGCAAUUCAAUUAGGUAAAUAUGAAGUGGAAACAUGGUUUUCAUCGCCUUUUCCUCAAGAAUAUGCUAGACUUCCUAAACUGUUCCUGUGUGAGUUUUGUCUGAAAUAUACCAAGAGUAAAUCUGUUUUGGAAAGACAUAUGCAUAACUGUAACUGGAGACACCCGCCUGCCACAGAAAUUUAUCGGUGUGGCGAUCUGAGCGUUUUUGAAGUAAAUUAAUAUUGUAAACUGUCAUUUAAAUAAUGAAAAAACUAAUUGGAUAAUUUUUUUUAUAGGUAGAUGGAAACGCCAAUAAAAUUUAUUGUCAAACAUUAUGUCUACUAGCAAAAUUAUUUUUAGACCACAAAACUCUUUACUAUGAUGUCGAACCUUUCCUAUUUUAUGUUUUGACAAAAAAUGACGCUCAUGUAAGUAUGCAAAUAUCUAAUCAUUUGAGCGCAAGUACUAUAACAUUGUAUUUUAUGAAUAUUAAGGGCUGUCAUUUGGUUGGUUAUUUUUCAAAAGAAAAACACUGUCAACAAAAGUAUAAUGUGUCUUGUAUCUUAACCAUGCCUCAGUAUCAAAGACAAGGCUUUGGGCGAUUCCUCAUAGAAUUUAGUAUGUCUGAAAUUAAAUAAAACUGAAUAUUUUAUAAGUUUGACAAUUAUAGUUUCUACAAUGGAUAUGUAUCAAUUUUUUUUUUAGGCUAUCUCCUAUCUAAAAUAGAAGGGCAGCCUGGAACACCGGAAAAACCACUUUCUGACUUGGGACAAGUUUCAUAUCAUGCAUACUGGAAAGCUGUUGUACUGGAAUAUUUAGACAAACAAAGAAAUAGCGAAAGUAUCUGUAUUAGUGAUAUUAGCAUUAAGACUGGUAAUUAGUUCUACUAUACAUUUAAAGUUAAAAUAAAAGGUAACAAAAUAACAAAAUGUUUUAUUUUAAUUUAGGUUUAAUGAGACAUGAUAUUACCUAUACAUUACAAUCGCUCAAUAUGGUUGGGAAUAAUGGUGAUAAGUUGACAAUUUGUGUUGACUGGGCAAUAGUUAAUGCUCAUAUGAAAAGGAAAAAUUUGUCUAAACAUAUCUCCAUUGAACCAGAAUGUUUAAGAUGGACUCCAUUGAUGCCAUCGUCUAAUCUAGCAGUUUCGUUGGAUGCUAAAGUAUGUUUUUCUAAUUAAAAAUGAUAAAAUAUGUAUUAAUUAAUAAUUUUUGUUUCAAGGAUAACCAAGAUUUUGAAGAACCUCUUCCCAUAAAAAUUGAAAUAAUCAAAAGUCCGAUCAAAAAGAAGAGGUGUGUUAGGAGAAUGCCUAUGAUUAAGAGACGGAGAAAAACAAAUAAAAAAAAGCGUGUUUGUUUAUUUGCUGCAGAAAAAGCAGUUAAAUUUGAUCAACAUGUCGAAAACAUAGUAAAUCUAGAACAGGCAUCUAUUGAGAAAAUACAAAAUGGACAUAUUGAUAUAAAAACAGAAGUACAGCCAAUUGAAAAAAAUAAUAUUACGGAAAAGUCUAAACAAAAAUUACAAUCUACCGAGAAGUUUAAACCAAAAUUACAAUCUACCGAGAAGUUAAAACCAAAAUUACAAUCUAAUGUGAAGUCGAAACCUAAAUUACAAUCUACUGAAAAGUCAAAACCAAAAGUGCAAUUUACUGAGAAGUCUAAACCAAAAUUACAAUCUACUGAAAAGUCUAAACCAAAAUUACAAUCUACUGAGAAGUCUACACCAAAAUUACAAUCAUCUGAGAAAUCUAAACCAAAAUUACAACCUAUUAAGAAAUCCAUACAAAAGGAUAACAAAGAACAGUUUAUUGAAGAGAGUAAUGAAGAUAUUAAAAAAGUGACAACAAAGACUAAAACUCCUACAAAAACUAAAGAAAGGUAUGAAAUUGUUAUUUUAGUUACAUAUAAAAAGAUAUAAAUAUAUAAUAAAAUUGUUUCAGUUUGAUUUCAAGUAUCCUGAAACGAGAAAAUACAUCCAACACAAAAGGUACUGCUGUACCUAAAAAAAAGAAGAGGAAGUUCGGUAGAGGUAGAUCCCGUAAAAGACCUGCACCUAAAACCCAAAGUGAUGAUUGUGAACCUAAAGUUAAAAAAUCACGAAAGACAAUUGAAUUGCAGAAUGAAGUUGAAAUAAUUGACAAUAAUAUCGAUUUAAAGCUUGUAAGUAAAUAUAUUAGUGUUAGUAGAUACAAACUAGAUUUGUUAAUAAAUCUUCUUUUAAUCAUUUAUUUUUAUCAUUAGAUUAAAAAUGAGAACUCUCCUAAAUCAAAUGAAGAUGGAUCAGGUGAUAUAAAAACAGAAGAAAAGAAGGAAAUAAAAGACAUAAAUGAAAAAUCUGUUAAUGAAGGUAAUAAUGAAAAUGAACACGAAAUCAUUGAUCAAAGUCUAGAAAACCAAAAUGAAGAAAAAAGUGACAACCAAAAUGAAGAAAAAAGUGAAAACCAAAAUGAAGAAAAAAGUGAAAACCAAAAUGAAGAAAAAAGUGAAAACCAAAAUGAAGAAAAAAGUGAAAACACUAAAAUUGACGAGGAAAUUAAAAACGAUAUGGACGAUAAUAAUAAAUUAAUGGAAACGUCUGAAAUUAAUAUUACAGAAUGUUCAGAAAAGAAGAAUGAUUUUGAAUCUGAUACCACCACUUCUGUUGAAAAUAUAACUUGUUCUGGAAUUGUUGAUAAUGAAAACAAUGAAAAAUUAAGAAAUUACAAUGAAGAAUGUGAAAAAACUAAUUCCGAAGAUAGUAAACUUCCUGAUACUGUUGAUGAAAUCGUAAGUAACAUUGAUGUUCAAGAACUUCCAAAUGACGGAUGUUCAUCAGAUGUGGUCGAUUCAUUACACGAAUCGACAUUGGAAAAUUCUAAAAUAAAACAAUCUGAAUCUGAUAAUGAAUCUUCUAAUCAUAUUGUAGAAAUAGAGUGCAAUUUAGAAACGUCUCAAAAAUCUACUGAUGAUAUCAUACACCAACCUAAAACGCAACUUGAUGAACCAACAGAUAUAGAGGAAAAUAAAAAUAAACCAAAUGAUUAUGAACAGACAAAUACUAUUCAAACUGAAACAAAACAACUAAACGAGCAUGUUUUAUUGUCGAGUAAAUUUAAAGAAAAUGCUGAGUCCAAAAUAAGAAUUUUAAAUGAUACUUCUUCAUGUAGUAAUUUUCCUAAAACUGAAAUAACCGAACAACCAGUACAGUCCUCUUCCUCUAUCAAUGAAAAAGAAUUUGAUAACUCAUUAAUUAAUACUACAAAUGAUUAUUGCAGUAAACCAUCAACUGACACAGCAUUAUUGUCAAAUGUUAAACAAUACAAUGCUGAAUCAAUGUCCAAUGAGUAUAAUAAAACUGACACUUCUGUACAACCAGAUACAAAACAGUACAGUGAAGCAAUGUUAACUGAAUAUAGGAAAUUGGAUAUGAUUCAACCUGAAAUAAACAAGCAAAUCUAUAAUAAAGAAAAGUCUGUAGAAUAUAGUAAAAAUUCACAAGUUCUUCCAGUGGCCAAUAGUUCUCAAGAAGUGUUCAAAGUCACACAGCAAACAAAAACAAAAGCUUUAGAAAAAACUUAUUCUCAUUCGGCCAUGGCAGAUAAUACUACUGUAUCCGUGCCAAAAUAUGAUAAUAAUAAAUCUGAAAAACAAUCAAAAAGAACAACGCCUUCCCCUAAAACUUUGCCAUAUCGAAUGUCUGCAGAAGUGGUGUCUCAAGUAGAUAAAUCACGAUUACACGAUUACUUGCCUCCCAUGGGAUUCAUAAAUUAUCAAAAAAUGAAUAAUUCAAUUGCUAUGCCCCAUUCGGAUGUUUCUAAAAUGACCAAGGAUAUUCAGUAUUCUGACAAGAAAACUAUUCAGUAUUCUGACAAGAAAACUAUUCAGUAUUCUGAUAAGAAAACUGACUCUGUUAACACAAACUUGCCAAAAGACAACAAAGAUAUGACAAAUUUGUCGAAAAGUAUGGAUAAUAAUAUUUUGUACUCGCCUGUUAUGCAACAAUCAUACCCGGAACAGUCCAUGAUGCACUUGUCGCUUCACCAUUUGACUCAUCCGCCUCAGUAUCAUCAUAGUCCACCUGUACCUGCUCCAGUACCACCAUCCCCUGUUGUACAUCAAACAAAAUCAAGAAGUAAAAAAAGCGAACAAAGAAGAUUGGCCCAACAGAACCAAACAGUAGUUGCCCCAACUUCUCAACAGCCCACACCUUCACCUUUGCCAAGCCAUACACAAUCUUAUCAUCACCAUCAUCAAACUACUACAUAUAUGAUGCCACAGCCAUCACCUUCUAGUCCUUAUCCUCACUCUGUGAUUCAACAUCGAAUGGGUCAACAAGGUGGAUCAUGUUCGUCAGCCGAUUUUUACUUAUCACACCCAAAUCAACACGCUGCUGCUACGGCUGCACAAAUUGCUUCGUGCAAUCUCUCCAAACUUCAGCAAAUGACUAAUGGAUUGGACCAUCACCGUAGGCACAUCUCGUCACCUGCAUCGUCCCCAGCCUCGUCUCCAGCUAACAUGACUCCUCCCCCCGUAGUAUCUGUGGCUACUGCACAUCUUCUCCAACAAUCCGCAGCCGCGUACCAUAAACUGUACCAGCAGGCUGGCCAGACCUCACAGUCUCGGCAGUAUGGUCAUCAGUCACGUGGUUCACCCGCUUCACCGAACGUGGGCUUAAUGCCAAUGCAGUAUGGUGCUCCACCUUUUAACGGUUACAGAGUGGCGCCACAGACCACUCCCCCAUCACCAUCAGCCGCCAGCUACAUGACUCAAACAACUGGUCAGUUGCAGUAUGCAACACACUCAUCACAGGAUCCACAUCAUCAAAAUACCGUGUAUCCUGCAUCGGCGUAUAAUGGAUCAUAUUUACAACCUUUAAACGGAUCUAUGCACAGAUAAUCUCCUGUUUCAUUUUGUAUUAUUAUUUAAUUUUUUUUAUACCUUAAUAUUUUAGUAAGUAUUGUUAUUGUCACUACAGAAAGCAGUAAAUAAAAAAAAAAAAAUGUUACCAGUUUGUUUUAUUAACAUGAGAAUUAUAAAAUAAUAAAAAAGCCAUUCGUACCAAAUUAUUUCCAAUGUUUGUGUAUUGGAUGUUUAUGGUAAAAAUUGGUUCUAAACUAUUUAGAUUAUUAAUGAAUGCCAAUUUAUUUAUAUUCGUUAAGUUAUUAUUUAAUUAGAUCACAACAGUAUUCUAUAGUUAUUUAUGCUCAGCAUUAUUUAACUUUUUUUUUUUAUCACAUAAUUUGUAUUUUCUUUACUUAUAUUACUAUUUGUAUUUGUAUUUUUUCUCUUUAUGAUUUUGAACCAAUUUGUAAAAUGUUAAUGGGGCGAAAAUAUGAAGGAAUGGGUACAAGAUUUUUUUGUACAACAAUUCCUUAAUUAUUUCCUUUGUUUAUAAGUACUGAAAACACUUGAAAGUCUAGUUUCAGCUUGUUAUAUUUUUUUUUUUCAUACUUGUAUAAAAUUAUACAUAACUAAUUUAUUAAAAACCAAUGUUAAUAGUAUUAUAAAUUAUUUUAAUCUAAUUCGUUUUUUCCAUUUUAUUUUCAUUAGUAUAAUAUAAUAUUUUAUGAACAAUCAAAUAGGAUCAAUGGGUACUAAGAGUAUAGAACAG